UGAUCGGUUUGACGUAUGCAAGGUCGACUCUGAGAUCCCUACGGUCAACGAAUCAGCAAUGGACGAGGAGGAGCAGCAAGUUCUGAAGCUCCACAGUCCGAAUCGGGUAGAACAAGUUUCAUACAAGUGGCCUCUCCUUCGCAAUGACACAGUCGACGAAGCGACAGAGAUUAUAGACACCAUCAGAUGGGUGUGUAACGAUUUUGACAACAUGAAAUUGGCAAUGAACAAGUGGUUUGAUGACGUGGAUCCGAGCAGCUUUGAGAGCAUGAAAUCUUUAUGUGAGAGAUAUAAUCGAGCUAUUGAUGGAGUGAAGAAGCUGUGGGCGGGGCAGAUGCCACCAGGAUGCUUGAGUGAACGGCCGUGUCCGCAGUUGUUGAAGCAUAUCAUCACUCAGGCGUACAAUCAUGCAAUACCUAAUCCCGGAAAGCUGAACUAUUAUGAGCCAUUUUCACCGGAAGUGUAUGGUGAAACAUCUUAUGACUUGGUUGCUCGAAUUAUCGAAGAAACUGACAUGACUGAGGAUGACGUGUUUAUUGAUCUUGGCAGUGGUGUUGGACAGGUAGUGUUGCAAGUAGCUGCUGCAACGAAGUGUCGCGAGUGCAUUGGCAUAGAGAAAGCAAACGUUCCAGCUCAGUUUGCAGCGGAAGUAGAUAAGGAAUUUGUUCGGUGGAUGGCAUGGUAUGGCAAGAAGUAUGGACAAUAUGAAUUGUUUCAUGCUGACUUCUUGGAUCCAUCUAUGGACAGUAAACUAUCAUCUGCAACUAUUCUCUUCUGCAACAACUUUGCAUUUGGGCCUCAUGUCAACCAUCAGCUGAAACUUCGGUUUUCGCAUUUGAAAGAAGGUACAAGAAUUAUCUCAUCGCGUGAGUUCUGCCCUCUUAACUUCCGAAUAACAGAGAGAAAUUUGACUGAUAUUGGUUGCAUGAUACGUGUGUCUGAGUUGUCUCCAAUGCGAGGCUCGGUGUCCUGGACAGGAAAUCCAGUCUCGUACUUUUUGCAUGUCAUUGACAGAACAAUGCUUGAAGAUUAUUUUCGACAGCAGAAGGACGGUGUCAGUGCAUCUACAAGAAUGGCGAGUGAGGAUGCAACAUCUGAUUGGAGUGUAUCUCCCAAUGGUGAUGAUAGUGAGAGCGACGAGAGUGCAGAGAAUGAGGUGUUUGUUGGAAAUGGUGUGCUAAAUCAAUGGGCACAAGGUCGCAAUGGAAUAACACGGAAUUCAAGGAGAUCAAACAAUCAUUUCAAUCAUACCAAUGGCUCACGUCAAGAUCUUCUUCAACAAGCUAACCAGUCAAAUUGGUCUACUUGGUCUACAAGGCAUAAGAAGUCACUCAGAUUAGUCAAAGCAGCAAAGGUAGCAAGGGCAAGGAAAGUAGGUAGACCAGCAAGUCAGCUGCAAGUUAAUGGACCAAAUAGUGAACUGGAAAAGAGCAUUGAUAGACUCAUGGUGAACUUUAGACGUGAAUUUUUUACAUUUGCAUUGUACAUGAAAGGCCAAGAAUUUGCUUCAAAUCUAAGAUCUCAAGUUGAAGUGGAGGAGCAAUUGCAGAAGAGACUCACAGAAGAUCGUUGUAAGCUGGAAGCUGAGGUAGAUGACAUUGUCAAGAAAACCGUUGUUCUAAUUCACAAACAACUAGAUGAACUGGGAGUAUGCGACCACACACCUGAUGCUAUGGUAAAUGCAGCAAAAGCAAUGUUAAAACAAAACAAGGAUCUGAGAGAGCAGGCAGCUGAGUUACGACGUGACAUACAACAGCUAGAAAAGACUCCAGAACGCACUAAAGCUGAAGUUGGAGAAAGGCAUGGAGUGAAGAACGGAUAUAUAAGAGACACGCAAAACGACCUGAAGGAGAGAAUUGCAACCGCAGUGCAGGAAAGAAACAAACUGCAGAGACAAAUGGGUGACCUGCAAAGAGAAGUGAACAUGCUGACUGAAAUAGUAGAGUUGAAGCGGUUGCUGGCGGAACGCACAACUCCAGCUACCAACGAAAUAGAGAAAUCAGAGAAGAAAGCUACAGAGGUGGCUAAGGGGAAAAAGAAACAGAAGAGACGUUCGGCAGGGUCUUCUCAACUCAAAGUGUCCAAAACACAACCAUUGAUGCCAGUCGUAUCAGAGAAUAACACAGCUGGAAGUGACAAUCUAGAGCUAACAGUCGCUGCUGCUGUAAAUACUGGUAUUGAAGAACAACACGUGGAAAGUGAGAUGGAUAGGACUGUAACGCUUAAGGCUUUCAGUGAGAUUGAAAAGAUACCUGUUAAUAACACAGGGGAUGUAACUGAUUCAAAUGAGGCGCAUCGAGUUUUCAGUGGGACUGGAAGGGUAUCUACUGAUAGACAAGAUCCAACUGAUUCAAAAGAGACACAUCAAGCCUUCAGGGAGACUGAAAGGAUACAUGCUAAUAACAAAAAGGAUGCAACUGAUUCGAAAGAAGUACAUCAAAUCUUCAGUGAGACGGAAAGGAUGACUGAUAGACAGGACACAACUGAUUCAAUAGAGCCAGAUCAAGCCUUCAGUGAGGUUAAAAGGAUACAUGCUAAUAGUAGAAAAGAUGCAACUGAUUCAAUAGAGGUACAUCAAGUUUUCAGUGAGCCUGAAAAGAUACUUGCUAAUACACAGGACAGAACUGAUUCGAAAGAAGCACAGCAAGCCUUCAGUGAGACUGAAAGGAUUCCUGCUAAUGACACAAACAUUGACGAUGAUCCAAGUCUAGUUAAAGCCAAACAGAGUUAUGUUGUUGCUAGUAAAUCGGUCGGUAAACGUGGCAAAGCAGCAGGGAAGCAUUUCAGUGGUACAAUGCGGUAUAGUUCUCGAAUUGCAGUAAAGCAUUUGGAGUCGGCAUGUCCUGUAGACGCUUUAGCUGUUCAAGAGACAUUACAGUCAAUGGACAUUUUAGACUCUCCUAUAGAAGUAGUCCAAUCACAUUCAAGAGAGGUACGCAAUCUUGGCAACAUGUUUCCUUUACCCAGUAAAACAAAGCUACAAUUUCAGUCAUCAUCAGCAAUCCAUUCAAAGCCAGAAUCGACAAAAACAGAGACAUGCAUGAAGACUGCAACCAGAAGGAGACGAAGGAAGAAGGUAGAAGCAGAGAAAACAACUAGGGUGAAUGAAGAAAUUAAACAUUCAAAUUUAGAGAUGACUGUAUUGGACAAGGGCAAUGAGAAAGACCAGACAGAUGAAAAUGAUGUCUCUCAUGCAAUAGAACAAACGUUCUGUACUGAAUUGCAUUCGAAGGGUGAUACAGAGAAAAUGGCCCCUAUUUCUAGCGAGGCAGACGCCUUAGUUGUUCUACCUGAUCAACCUCAAAUUUCUGUUAUCGAGCAGUCAGAUCUUGAGCAGGUGGGACAUUCUGUUUCUGACACAGAAGAAGUAGAACAGCCGAAAUCCUUGAUACCUAGUAUUGUCACGUCGUCAUCCAGCCUUACUAGUGCUGUUGUGAUGUCAGCAGUUGCCAGUUCCUGUCAUGUUUCAGUGUGUACAUCUCUAACUGAUGUUUCUCAUGCUCCAUCGUUGAAUACACAGAGAGAUGAGCCAGAAGACAGCCAUAAGUUCAACUGGAAAAAGAAAAAGAAGGUAACACGAUUGAGACAAACAGAUGAAACACUUGGCAGUCAGUACAAAACGGGACGCGUUUUCAAGAGCAGAUGGGAAGGUCGAGGGAACAGAUAUUUGAGUGGAACCAGUGAGGGGACAUCACACCAUUCAUCUUUUAGUUUUGAGAAUAAGAAAUCAGCAGCUCAAUCAAACCAUCUUAUGCCAUACACAAAUAUUGUGGAAUCGAGGAAAACUCAUUCUUUAUUGCCUCAUUCUUUAUUGCCUCAUUCUGAGGCUGACAAGUUACCAACAAAUCAACUGAAUCUUGGCGUGCAAUCAAGGAAUGAUAGAGUCCAAAUACCAAAAAGCAACCCUGUACCACUGCUUGACCAAACUGAAAUAGCAAGACUUCGCAGUACACAGUCUCCUACAGGUAAAAGUGAUCAGUCAGUAAGUCAAUUUCAUUGUUCACCUGUAUUACAAAAUAGAGAAUUCAUGUCAAUUUGUGGGAGUUCAGCAUCUGUUACUUGCGGCAUCGAGCAGUCACAUCAUUUGAAUUUUGUAUAUAGCCGUGCUCAGCAUCCUAAAGAGAUGCAGAUACCUGAAAACAAUACCAAAGUUGAACAUUACUCAUUCUCUAGUUCUUCGUCUGCCAUGCCAAUUUGUGGAAAUUCAGCACCAGGUACUUGUGGCAUCGAUCAGUCUCAUCAUUUGAAUUUUGUAUAUGGCCAUGCUCAGCAUCCUAAACAGAUGCAGUUACCUGGAGACAGUACCAGAGUUGAACAUUAUUCACUCUCUACUUCUUCGUCUGCCAUGCCAAUUUGUGGGAAUUCAGCACCGGUUACUUGUGGCAUCGAGCAGUCUAAUCAUUUGAAUUUUGUACAUGGCCAUGAUCUGCAUCCUAAAAAGAUGCAGUUACCUAAAAAGAUGCAGUUACCUGAAAAUAGUACCAGAGUUGAACAUUACUCACUUCCUAGUUCUUCGUUUGCCAUGCGUUUGCCCAGUGGAUCACACUCGUCUGUUGUAAAAACGUCUUCUCAGUUUGGAACAGAACACAUUACUUCUCAGCCCCCAGCUGUUGCAUCUUUAGUUACUGAGCAAUCAUCGGGUCAGAAAGAAGGUAAGAAGCCAACCUCAGUGAAACCAAAGCGAGUGUUGUCUAUUAAAAGUUAUUGGGAAAGCCGUCAAAUGGAAAGGACUGGUAAUCAGAAAGACCAAGAGAAGAAAAACAAGCUAGGUGAGGUUGCUGCAAUCACUACCAAGAAGGAAGGUAGCUCAGUUGAUGGUCUAUCACAAAGUGAGAGCUAUUCUAUUGAGGUAAAGGGAGGUCAAGAACGGAUGCAACGCUGCAAUCAGCAGAGACCACGUUCGAUCAGUCAGGAUAAUCUUGAAGACGGGCAGAAGUCUUUCUGCCAAAACAAUCUGUCGAUCUUGGGUGUGUCUCUGACUAAGGUUGUUCCAAGUAGAGGAAAACAUCUGGACGGAGCUCACAGACCACCAGCUCCACUGCCACCGCCACCGCCUUCUACAGUACUGCAGUCUUCUACGAGCGGCACUAAACUGGAUAGAGAUCAAUUGAAAGGGAACUUGCAACGGGGAAACAGAAUACAUAAUCAUCAUCACCGUGGUCAUCAGCACCAUCAUCAUCAUGGUCAUGGUCAUCGACAUCAUGGACAUCGACAUCGUCAUCAUCAUAAGCGAGAGAAAAUUGGAGAAAAGGUUUUACACCAUUCAGAACAGAAGAAACGUGAUGAAGAUGGAAGUCCUAGUAGGACAAUAUUUGGAAUUCGUCUCCCGUCGUCAGUGGCUAGAAAAGUUAAUUCCGUAUUACCUCUACACGUACAACACCAAAGGCCCAGUCAACUGAGCAUUGUUCGUAGGGAUGGUCAAAAUGAUUGUCAGGAAUGUUCAACAGAGAAGCCCGUGGUCACUCAAAACAUCGUCAGUUCUUCAACUGAACAAGAGGCAAGCAACGAUCAGGAGACUACGCGUGUUUCAGAAGAACUUCACGUCGGUCAGCUGCAAACUGAUUGUCAGGAAUGUUCAACAGAGAAGCCCGCGGUCACUCAAAACAUUGUUAGUUCUCCAACUGAACAGGAAUCAAGCAAUGAUCAGGAGACUACGUGUGUUUCAGAAGUCGGUCAGCUGCAAACUGAUUGUCAGGAAAGUUCAACAGAGAAGCCCACGGUCACUCAAAGCAUUGUCAGUUCUCCAACUGAACAGGAGGUAAGCAAUGAUCAGGAGACUACACGUGUUUCAGAAGAACUUCACAUCGGUCAGCUGCAAAGAGAUUGUCAGGAAAGUUCAACAGAGAAACCCGCGGUCUCUCAAAACAAUGUCAGUUCUCCAACUGAACAGGAGGUAAGCAAUGAUCAGGAGACUACGCGUGUUUCAAAAGAACUUCACGUCGGUCAGCUGCAAAGUGACUGUCAGGAAAGUUCAACAGAAAAAUCCGCGGUCGCUCAAAACGUUGUCAGUUCUUCAACUGAACAGGAGGUAAGCAAUGAUCAGGAGACUACACGUGUUUCAGAAGAACUUCACGUCGGUGAGCUGACCACUAAGACCACCAGGGAAGAUACUCACGUUUGUGGACCCAGUUUUGAAUGCUCUUGUGGUGGAGGUGCUAUCUCUUCGGCUGAAGAUUGUUCUGCCACUGCUGGCAAAGAGACAGCUACUGCUGUUUGUGAGAACAGGACUGUUGAUGGGGUAGAGACAAUUCUUGGUGCCAGUCACGAAAGAUCAGACAGUAGGCUUGCGAGUUCUUCAGUUCGUAGGCAAGAGUCUGUGCUUAAUCUGGAUGCCUCUCCAGCUAUAGUAGAAACCGCUGUGACUAAUUUAACAGCUCUACUACCAACUGACGACAAACAGGCAAGUGCAAGCUGUCCGGAGGAAAAGUGCUCUUUAAGUGACUCAAAUUGCGGUAGACCUGUAAAGUCGGAAAGGAAGCAGGAAAAUUUUAAUGAAUUUGAAAGAACAUCUGAGCUAAAUGAGCGAGGUACAGUCGGUAGUUUGAAAUCAGUAGCACCAAUCGAUCCAAUCUGUGAAGUGACGACUGCAAACGGUAUGAAGGACGGUAACCGAAAUUUUGCCAGCCGUUUGGUGGUUGUUGAUAGUGGCAAUAAUCAGGACAUCGUUGAUAAUAUGGAAUUGUCUCAGAGCAAUGUAACGAAGCUCGACGGUAGUAUUGUAGCUGUCGAUUCAUCCAUUAUAUAUAAGCUUCCAGAAGUGUGUAAAUGUGAGAGAAUUUCUGCAACGUUGGAUCAGAAAGCAGAUGCUCUGAAAACAACAAUGUCUCUCAGUGAAGAAACUUCAAACGAACUCGAAGCAUCGAUGUUCGCUGAUGAUCUAGCAAUUGCGGCCUGUAGCAAACAUGAAAUGCCAAAUAACUUGGAAGUAGUAGCUGCAUGGCAUGUCGAUAGAACGAAUAAUGGUUGUGGAACAACACCUACAGUCAAUACCGCUGAUAUUUCAGAAGCAAUGCCUGUAAAUGGUGAGCGGGAACGCGUAGACAAAUCGGAACUAACAAGUCAGACGCCACCAUCCUGGAAUGACGGCAAAGCUACGGAUGACGGCUCUGAAGCAGCGUGUUUAGUCGGCAGCAAGCGAAACGGUUCGGAUACUGUGACUACAUCAUGUGAGGUCAGUGACCGGGGAAUAUUGGAAACUGGAAAUGAUGUGGCUCCAGUUGGUGAGCAAAAGACGUCAGACACAGUCGAAGAAAUGCCUAGAGCUAGUGAGAAGACGGAUGCCGAUGCCGACAAUUCGAUUUCUUUGGAUACGAACGUUUCAGUCAAUGACAAGGAACCUGCAUUCAGCUUGGAGCCAUCUGUUUCAGCUUUUGUCGUGGACACCGUAAACCUUUUUGGAGUCAGACAUGGUGAAACUGUAGGCAAUAUGCAACUCAUUCCUUGGGUUAGUGGGUUUGUCGACAUUUGUGCUCCAACUUCUUCAAGUCCUACAUUUAAUGAACCUAAAAGAGAAAAACGUUCAUUGGCGAAUGUUGAGGUAUGGGCUGACAACUUGAAGGACGGUCUACCUUCUCAUGACGAUGCCUUUUCCGAUGCAAGUAAAGCCCCUAAACAUCAGUUAACUGUGAGCAAAGAUGUGGUAUCUACAGAAAAGGGUAGCGCCACAGACAUAGUGCCAAGUACAAGUAGCAAGUAUUCUCUGGUUGAGAGUGAUUAUGGUCUGUCAUCUGCAGACGAAGCGCCGUCUUCUGAUGAUGAAGUCAGGACAGUUUCGUCUUUGUCUGUCAAUGUGUCGCUGUCGUCGGUUCAAGUGCUUUGCCGACAACAUGCAGAUACAUCCGACGUCGUCACUGUGACCAAAGAUUGUGAGAAUGCUAUAACUGUAAGCAAAGAGUCUUAUAACCACUUUGUAACAGAGAAGAAAGACUGUGAGACACCAGCUGAGUCUCGUUUGCAAUCGGGCUUGUGUACCACUUCAGUAGAGGUAAACAAGGUGCCUUUAUCUCGUCAGGAAACAGACGAUCGUGAGUCUGUGGAGCGAGAAAUAUGUGGACCAAAGACGGUCGAUCGUGAGUCUGUGGAGCGAGAAAUAUGUGGACCAAAGACGGUUUUAAAAGGGUCGGUCAGUUUAGCUUUGCAGCCAGACGAUGGAGACAAUAGGCAUACAUCGAGUGGGAGUUCAAGCCGCACAAAGAUAAUCAAACAGUCGUCUCCAAGUAGAAUCGAGUCCGAGAAUGCUUCGCAUAACGGAGUUUCUAGCUUGCCGACCACUCGUACCGAUCCUACUGCGACAUCCAACUCUUGCAUUGAUCAAUCAAGAAAUGAGUCGCCAGAGCCUGCUUUGCAAUCCCUUCAUCACUCUCGCCAAGCACACUCGCUUCAGAUUGCAAAGCACGAUUCUAGUCGAGUGCAAGCAGACCGAAGACCAUCGCGUGUCUACUCGUCCAAGCGUUUGCGCACGCAGGAGGACGAAGGUGAUGGCGGUGGUGACGGUGGCGAGCGGUGUGCAAAAAGGCCACGUAUAUCUAGAAGUAAUCUUGAACGUUUUGACCGUCGAGAGAAGAACACACUUUUGUCUCACGAUAGCGAUCGACGUUGUGAUCUUCACGGGAAAGUGUGUCCUACUUCAAGGAAUGAUGAUCAACGCUCUGACGGUCAGACAAGACCUAGACGGGCGACUGAUGUUGGUUACCAAGUUUCUGAACGUCAAGCAAACAACAAACGUACAGGUGAGUCUAAUGAUGACGGACGACGUGGUGCUAGUAAAGCGGGACGUUUGCGUGACGAAGAUCAACGAGUGGACAUUGGAAUGAAAGCUGCACGAUUCCCUGAUCUUAAAAGACGGACACACAAUGUAUUGAUUCAGGCUGGUGCUGUGAGUAAAGCUCGCAAUAAGCAGACCCGUCUCGCUCCCGAUUCAUCCGAAUCGUCUUUCGAUCAUCAUUGCAAGUCGCCGACGACGGCACGAUGGCGUCAGCUAGCACUAAUCGAGACAGAAGGAAAGCGUGCCAGUGAGAGCUCCCCUAGCAAGACGCUGGUACCUGAUAAAAUCGGUGUGGUGUGGCGACGAGUGAGGAAACCCACCCAAGGAAACAAGAAGUUCGAACUGUCUGAUUCGGGUGAAGAUGAAGAGAUAAAACAGCGGGAAACACAACCAGUGCAUCCUUUGGAUACGUCUGGUGGUCGAUCGACUUCUAGGAAGAUAUUGUGGGCAGGUGGGGCGAUAAGAAGUAAGGAACGUAGAUCAAGGGAGAGAUUGCACCGUCUUGAGAGGAAACGAAGAGAAAAGAGUGCUGUGGAAAACGGUGGAAAUAACUCUAUGUCGCCGUCGUCACGUGACAAGUAUCCCGACAGUCGCUGUUUGAGAUCGGGACAUCGCGUGCAGCGUCAGGGCUCACACGAACGACGCGACCACGGCAAAGAGCAGCAAACUCCGUCGGAUAUGUCUCGGUCUCAGUCAAAGGACGGAGAUCGAAGUCGAUCUCAGUCAAAGGACAGAGAUCGAAGUCAGUCAAAGGAUGGAGAUCGAAGUCAGUCAAAGGACGGAGAGCGAAGUCAGUCAAAGGACGGAGAUCGAAGUCGAUCUCAGUCAAAGGACGGAGAUCGAAGUCAGUCAAAGGACGGAGAUCGAAGUCAGUCAAAGGACGGAGAUCGAAGUCAGUCAAAGGACGGAGAUCGAAGUCAGUCAAAGGACGGAGAUCGAAGUCAGUCAAAGGACGGAGAUCGAAGUCAGUCAAAGGACGGAGAUCGAAGUCAGUCAAAGGACGGAGAUCGAAGUCGACCUCAGUCAAAGGACGGAGAUCGAAGUCAGUCAAAGGACGGAGACCGAAGUCGAUCUGGCAGGAGCAAGUCGGGAUCCGAUUACGUGACGGAACUGCCUCACAAAAAACGCAGUCACUCGCGAGACACACACAAUGAAGACAGUUGUAAACGCGAUGGAAGUCACAAAGUUAGCUCACGCUUAUUGGACAACAAAGAUGAUAGGAAACGAUCUCGAAAAAGAGAUCACCCAGACAGCAAUCAAACCACCAAAAAAGUUAGGGAAAACAUGUCAAGUAAGCGUGGCGACCCCAAAAAGUCGAGCGUCAAAUCCAAGCCAUGGCGACCGUUCAGCCGGCGAAGCUCGAGAAAGAAGAAAGAAGAAGACCAAGACGAGGCCGAUAUCGGUCGCCGACUCGCCAUGGUUAGCGUACCAGCAACAACAGCAGACUACACGCCAGGUCCGAGCGUUUUUCGAGAUGACGUUCUGGACAGAGGCCGCUUCCGUUCGGCAAACGUCUUGUCGGAAUCUGUAACGUCUCUGGACGUAUUGACAGGCGUCAAGGAGGGAGAGAAUAGCGUUUCAACGAGUAGUGGGAACGCUGCGAAUGCCGAAGAUGGGGCGAAAGACAACAGGGAAGCCGUACAGUCUUCAGAAGCAACAGUGUCGGAGAUACGCGCCAUUACUCAACAGAUUGUUCAGUUGCAGAAGGCGGAUGACGACAAGGAGUCAGACGACGACGACAACGAGUCGGACGACGUGUCGAGUGACUCGGACGGCGAGGUGAAAGGUGUUUCUCAGGAAACUGGGAACGAGAGCCAGUCGACGGAGCCGUUUAUUUUCAUGAAUCGUUCUUUUGCGGAAUCUGAUACUGCUCUUUUUACACCGCCUCCUAAGCCUCCUAGAGCUGCAGGGAGGUCGACAGCAACAGCUCAGUCUGCACCUACCACUCCUCAGGUUCAGACCACUAGUGUUGAUGAAUCGUCUUCGCAGUCUCAAGAAUUAGAUAUCAACGUGAAUUCGAGGCCAGGGAGCAGCAUACUGCGUCGUAACAGCAGUCGGAGAAAUAGGAAUGCAGCUGUUAUAGGAAGUACUAUUGUUGUCAAGUCAGAUGGCCAAAAGCAGGUUGCCGAUGAGACAGAUCAAGGAGGUAGUAGAGUGACGAAAAGGAAAGCAAACAGAUUAAUGGCUGAAGAACAGAAAGAAGCUCUAAGGCGAUCUGUGUCAAUGGGCAGUGACUUCUUUAUAUCUGAAUUGGGAAGAGACGAAGAGGAUAGGAAGAGAGCAGUAAUUGAUACAAAGACAAAUCCACUUCUUGAUGACCAGUCAGUGAAAGGUACGGCAGAGAUGUCUGAGGAGCGUGCAAAGAAAGAUGCAUCUCCAAGUCCAAGCAGUGGCUCAACUGCUUCGUCUCCUUAUUCAUCUAUUCGUAAUAUCCCAGCUGGUUUAGUCAGUGACAUUCGUGCUGAGAUGGACGGUCUGAUGUCACGAAUUCGUGCACUAGAGGAAGAGAACAAGAUGUUACCUGCAUUAAGGGAUCAGGUUGUUUCCCUAGAGCAUGACAAGCAGGAACUACAGCUGGACUUGGAGAAUCAAGGUUCUAUUCGACAGUGGACUAAAGGAGCUAGGAAAUCGAUGUCUUCUAGUUUGGUUAGUUUGCAACUUUUACAGGAAGAAAACAGGAGAAUACCUGACUUGCAGCAGAAGGUGAGUAAUUUAGAAGAGGAGAACAGGGUACUGAGACAAGAGAAACAACUGCAUACUUUGCUUCCAGAGAAGGCUGGAGUAAUUGAACUGGAAACCAAGACUAUGGUAAAAAUGAUUGAGAUAGAGAGAUUAGAGGCAGAGAAUCAGAGACUUCUUGAAGCUCUUCGACAGAAAGAUCACCUUUCACAAUCCCCGGCAGACACAAGGCGUUAUGGUGAUGAUGAAAUUCGAAGGAAACUGCAUGAAAAGAACAAAUGUUUGGAACAAGAAGUCAAACGACUGCAAAAGAAAGCUGCUGAUGCAGCUUUGAUAAGCCAAGUGGCUGACAGUGCAAUUAUUAAAUGGCGAGAAUUAGAGCGACAAGUAAAAGAUCUUCCUAAGCUACGCUCUCAAAUAGCUAAAUUACAAGAAGGUAAGUCACGUUUGGAAACGCAAGUGAACCUUUAUCAACAGCAAUCGCACCUUCAACCAGUUCCACCUGCAAUGAGCCCAAUGACAGUUUCAUCUCCUAAUUUAUCGGUUAUUUCGUCUGGAAGCACGUCAUCAAUGGAUUCAUACUCGAAGCCAGUUGGUGAAGGCAUUCAGCUGAAGUUAAUUGACGAAAAUGUGAAGUUGAAGAAAGUUAAUGAACAACUAAAAAGCAAAUGUAGUGGACUAGCUCAAUCUGUGAAUAUACUAAAGAGUCAAAUGGAACAACAGAGGCAGCAGCUAUCAGAGCAGCUAGAGGGAACUAGACUGGAGUUGACAGUAGACAAACAGCAGCUUGAACAGGAGACAGAACGGUUGAAGCAGCAGAACAGACGGUUAUUGGUGGAAGCUCGAAGCAACAAAAAUGCUCCUGCUGAUGCAAUUGCCAAAAUCAAGUUACUUGAGAUGCAGACCAAAAAUGCUCAGGAGCAGAUAGAAAAGCAGAAGGAAGAAGUUGGAAAGCUGAAGGAUCGGCUGACUGAUUCUGAAAAUGAGGUAGCUGAUUUGAGGAAGAUUAGUACAGGUCUGAAUGGUUUCUUUGCUCGCCUGAGUGAGUUACAGGAUGCAUGUGGAUUAGCAGAUGUUGCUGUUGACAACGUUGGUCACGCCACAGAGGUGAUUGAGGAAACACAUGGACAGUUGCAGAAGUUGCAGUCUUCCUGUGAAAUGCUACGCCAAGAUCGUGACAAACUGCAGUUUACAUGUGAAGCUGCACGAGCAGAGGUAGCCAUAGUGCAGGGGAAGAUACACAGCUAUGUGGGUGAACUUGCGUCGCUUGAGAAGCGACUGCAGGACAGCAACAGGUCUUUGGGAUCAUUGCGCAAGCAGAAUGAGCAGCUGUUGGUUGAAAAGCAGGAGUUGCUGGAAACAGUACGGGGGCUUCGUGUUGAGAAUGGAUCAUUAUGGCAGAAGUCAAAGGAACUGGAAGAACAGAAGAGGACUGCAGAGAUUGAACUGGAUAAAACAGCAAGAGUUUUAGGGGUAGAAGAGAGGCAAGGAAUGGAGUGGAAAGUGAAACUCAACAAUAGUGAAGACACUAUUACUGUUUUACGUGAUGAGGUCAAGGCUCUCAAAUGGGACAAACGGGAAUUAGAAAGUCGUCUGAAGAUCUUGGAAACUACGAAUGCUGAAAAACAUCGUCUUGCUCUAGAAUUGAAGGAACAAGAGGUGAUUAUGUCAGUCCAGGAAAAAUUUCAAAGGCAACUACAAGAUGUAGAGUCAGUGGUUGAAGAAAGGCAGCAGGCUUUGGAGUCUCAUAUUACAUACUUGGAGGAGAUGAAUGAAGAAAAGGCAAAGCGAUGCCAGGAGCUUCAGACAACCUUGGCAGCUGCAAAAGAACACAAUGGAAGUUUGCAACAAGAACUAAGAGAACUAAAUAUGCGGGUGCAGUCUUGUGAGGAUGAGGUCAGCGCAGUCCAGUCUCAGAAAGAGAUGUUGUUGAAAGAACGUGAAAAGUUUAGCCACGAGAAAGAGGAAAUGCAGAAUUCUCUGGAUGAGCAAAAGUCUCUUCUCUUGUCACUUCAAGAAGCAAGGCAGCAGAUGCAAGAUAAUGAGUUGAAGCGACAACAGUUAAUGGCUGGUUUGGAGGCCGAAAGAGAUGCUCUCAGAACUGAACUAGCAACAACUAAGGACGACAAAGGUGAGAAAGAUGCUGAACUGAGGAGCUUGCAAAAGCUGGUUGACGAAAAGAACAGUCAGGUUGCUGACAAAGAUGAAGAAAUACAAAAGAUGUGUGCUGAGCAUGAGAAGAAACUGAGAGAGAGAGAAGGUGAAGCAGGAAUAGAAUCUAACAAGCAUCUUCAGCGAAUUGAACAGCUUCAGCUGCGUGUUGCAAAUCUUCAGAAGGAGCUGCCUGCUGCUGAACUGGAGACUCAACAAUUGAAGGAAACUGUGGACCAGUUGCAACUACAACUUUCAACGACUGAAACUCGACUGGCAUCAGAGCAACAUAGAACAACUGAGCUUGGUGAAGAUCUUGACUUGCUUUGUGGUCAACUUGAGAAGGAAAAGACAGAGCGAGAUGGCAUUCAAGCUGCUUGUAAGACCGCUCAAGAAGAACUAAUUGUUUUGAAGACACAAAUGGGCACAAGGGAUAAUCAAAUAGAUGGGUUACAACAUGAUUAUGAUGUGACUUGUGAGAGGUUGCAGCAAAUGGAGACAACAAAGGAUGAGUUAGUUAAAGACAAAACGACCUUGGAGGAACAAAAUCAUGUAAUGGCAACCAAAUGUGAAAAACUUGAGAAGGAACGUGACUUGUUGUCUGAACAAUGCAAAGAAAGUGAUCUCGAAUUUCAGCAAAUGACUACCAGUUUGUACAGUGUUUCUAGCAGAGUUGAAGAGCUUGAAUCAAUAGUUGCUGAUUCAACUAAUGUGAAAGCUGCUCUUGAAGGAAGGGUUGAUGAGCUGACGUCUCAAAUAAGAAAAGCAGAACAGCAGGCUUCUGAACAACGAGAAUUAGCUGCUGUGCUACAGGAAAGGAAUGGUGAAUUGAUGCGCCGUGUUCAGCAAUAUGAAGAUGAGACUUUGCCAAAAAUGAAGGAAGAAACGUUACUUGUGGAGAAAGAAAAAUUAGAACUGGAAAAUUGUAUUUCUUUGAUGACAACAAAAUUAAAUGGUUUAGAAGAACAAAAUGAGGCGUUCCAAAAGGAAGUUGAAGAUUUGCGAAAGGCAAGAGUUGAAAUUGACUAUGAGAAAGAUCGCUUUAGUCGUGAAUUGUCUGAGCAGAAAGGAAAGGAGGCUGAAAUGGUAGACAAGGUAAGGUCAUAUGAAAAGGCAAUAGAGGCAAGUGAGAAACUAGUGAAACAGGUUCAGGAUGCGAAGGCUGCUGCAGAGGAAGAUGUCAGGUCGUACAAAUCAAGAGUGGUCUCUCUUCAGUUAGAGAAUGAGCAAGCUGAAGAUACUGCCAAUGAACUACAGAAAGAACGUCAGCGCCUCCAAGAUGAGUUAGCGAAUCUACAAGAGAGUUUGAAGAAGUCUGAGGAAGUAGAACAGAAUAUGAGAAACUCUCUAGAAGAAGCAGAACGAUAUCGCAAGGAGUCUGAGGCACAGAUGUCCAGUCUAAGGGAAAAUAAUAAGCAACUCACUGAAAAUUGCAGCAGACUAGAGUUGCUAACAGAAUCACUGGAGGAUGCACAACAAGCUUAUGUCUCUAAUAUGCAAGCAUCAACAAAGGAAGUGGAAAGACUGACUGCUGCUAACACUGAGCUAACUGAACAUUUGCAAGCACGGCCUUCAUCGCAAUCUAUGUUGGAAGACAAUGCUGCUGUAUUUGAUAGUGACGAGACACAGUUUCUGAAAUCUGACAAUGCUUUACUGAAAGAUAAGGUGCACCAUUUGUUGGAAAGUGUGGAGCAGUCACGCGAAGAGAAUCGUCAGAUCCAGUUGGUCAUUGACGAAAUGGAGCAGAGUAUACCAGACAUUACAAGCAAGAAUAAGGAACUACAAGAACAGAACAAAUCAUUACGUCAGCAGAUUCAGUUAUUGAGUACCAGAUUGAAAGAUGUUCAAGAAUUGGAUCAGGAGAAGAUGCAGCUGGAAUGGAAACUUCAAGACAUGGAGCACACUCUUCCCAUGAUUCAGCAACAGAAGGAGGUGUCUGAUGUUAAAGCACAAGAGGCUGAAGAGCUGUCUCGGCGUUGUCAGCAGUUACAAUACAAGGUGGCUGACUUGGAUGAUGAACUAUCUGUCCAGCGUUUACAUGCACAACAAGUCCCACUGCUCCAAGAGCAAUGCAAGUUUAAGCAGAAAGAAGUGAAAAGUCUUGAAGGUGAGAUCAAGAUAAUGGGGAGAGAAAUAAAAGAACUAGAGUUGGAAGUGGCCGUGUGGAAGCAGAAAACACAACAGCUGAAGGAAGAUAGAGAGAUGCUGCUGUCUGAUGUCAACGAGUUGAAACAAGCAAAUCAGAGAUUGUCACUGUUGGUCGACAAUGACAAGCAGGACCAUGUGGAACGUGAUGCUCAAGAUAUGGCAUCAUGGCAGCAAGUUAUUGCUGAAUUGGAACGUGAUAAUCAGCAACUACAGAAACAACUUGAUGAGAAUAGUGCAACACAACGACGCUUGGAAGAAGAAAACAGAGAAAUGGUACAUUUGAAUGACCUGGUACUGGAACUCGAAGAGGAAAAUAGCAAACUGCAGAACAAGCGGGACCAAGACAAGAAAAAGAUGAAUGAACUUAGUCAGCAGAUAAAAGAAAGUGCUCUUCUUCAAGAUGAAGCUGAGACAAAAGAUCAAAAAAUGCAACGCUUGACUACAGAAGUUGGCAACUUAGAGGCUCACGUGUCUGAACUUUUGAAGGAAAACGAGCAGUUACAAAGUGAGGUCAAUGGUUAUCGUAAAUCUAAAGGAUCAGAGGCAGUGCGACGAUCUACUUCACCAGAAAGUGCUCAGCGAGACAGUAGUGUUGUUUUGACUUUAGGAACAAGAGUUAGAGAGCUAGAAACUCUAGUGGCAGAACUGCAAGAUGAAUUAGAUCAAUCACAUGUUCAAAAUGGAACCGAUCGCAAAUCUUUGACAGGCCAGAAAGAUACUUCUCCUCCACGAAGACUUUCUCGAAGGUUGUCAUUCUUGCCAAGUCCGAGUGACAAAGGAAGAGGCCAUCCAGAUUUUGCUGCUGAAGCUGGAUUUAGUGCACCACUAUGUGACGCCUGUUCCCUUCUGGUUCCUGUGCUGGAUGCUUGUGAAGAGCCACAUUCACCAAGAGAGAUUGUCGCAGUGGAUUUAAUUAAAAGGCAUUGGUUUACACUGACAUCUGGUGAAAAAUGCUCCGAAUUACAGCUGAAGAAAUGGGUGAAAGCAUUGGCACAGAUGUCUCACAAUCUGCUAAAGUUUGUCAUUAAUUCUUCAGAUGGCAAUGGUAACUCAGCUCUACACUACCUCAUAUCACAAUCAAAUUUUCCUGGAGUAGAAGUUCUGUUGGAUUCUAACUACUGCAAUGUUAACAUACAGAAUGCUGGUGGUUACACUGCUGUGAUGUUGACGGCCCCUGUAGAAGUACAAGGUCAUGUAGACAGGAGAGUACUACGGAAACUAUUUAUACAAGGGGAUGUGAAUGUCAGAGCUGCACGGGAUGGACAGACUGCACUGAUGUUGGCCGUAACACACAGAAAUGUUGAACUAGUGAAGUUGCUCCUGGCUGCAAAAGCCGACUCCUCGAUGCAGGACGCGGAUGGUUCAACUGCUUUGAUGUGUGCUUGCGAACACGGUCAGGAGGAGAUAACGCGGUUACUAUUGGCCCAACCUGGCUGUAAUGUCAAUGCUAAAGACAACGACGGAUGCACGGCUCUCCAAGUUGCGAUGGAUGCCGGUCACGAGGAGAUCGCUACACUACUUUAUGCUCACAUGGUCUACAUGAGCCCAUCUGCAAACAGACGACAACUUUCUAGGACAGCAGCUCCCAGUACUAAUGCAGCAACAUAGUAUCAAGGCUGUUUGCUAUAUUGACUGGUUUAGGACAGCAGUACAACAUCAUACUAACACAUUUUGCAAUGCAGUAUAGUGCACUUCUGACGACAUUGGACACUUGGGUUUGAUUACAUUUGGCAUUUUUCUACAGCAACUCCUCAUUUGGUGUUGAACUAAUGAUUCUGUAGUUUAAUUAAUUAAUUAAGUUAAUUAA